AUGGCCUUCGCCGGACUCAACGAGGCUGACAUCAAAGCCGCCAUCGACGGCUGCGCUGCUGCCGACUCCUUCGACUACAAGAAGUUCUUCAAGGCGUGCGGUUUGGCCGGAAAGUCGUCCGACGAGGUGAAGAAAGCUUUCGGCAUCAUUGACCAGGACAACAGUGGCUUCAUUGAGGAGGAGGAGCUCAAGCUGUUCCUGCAGAACUUCUCUGCUGGAGCCAGAGCGCUGACCGACAAGGAGACCAAAACCUUCCUGGCAGCUGGAGACAGCGACGGUGACGGCAUGAUCGGCGUGGACGAGUUCGCCGCUCUUGUUAAGGCAUAA